AUGGCCGAGCAGCUCGCCAAGCGCCUCGACGGCUUCGACCAGCAAACGGUCUGGAACGAGUUCACUCCGUUGGCACUGGAGCACCAGGCCGUCAACUUGGGACAGGGGUUCCCUGACUGGCGCUGCGAGGACUUUGUCAAACAGGCUGCCAAGGACGCGCUGGACGCUGACUUCAACCAGUACGCGCGUCCUCAGGGCCACAAGAAGCUCGUGGAGGCACUGGCGACGAAGUACGCAAAGGAACUGAAGCGCGAAAUCAAUUGGGCCAAUGAAGUCGCAGUGGGCGUUGGCGCCACGGAGACCAUCUACGCCGCGGUGACUGCGUUCGUGCAGCCUGGAGAUGAGGUGAUUGUGUUUGAACCAGCCUUUGAUAUCUACGCUGCUCAGGUGCAGACGGCUGGUGGGGGGUGUCGGCCUGUACCACUGAGUGUGUGCACGGAUGCGCGAACGGGUGCAAAGGGGUUCUGUAUUGACGAAUCGACGCUGGCACGAAGCUUUUCGUCAAAGACCCGAGCGAUACUCCUCAACAACCCGCACAAUCCAACUGGAAAGGUGUUUACCAAGGACGAGCUCGAGCUGAUUGCCAAAUACGUGCGGCAGUAUCCGCGGGUGAUCAUCGUGUCGGACGAAGUGUACGAGCACAUUGUGUUUGAUGGUGCUGAGCACGUCCGGAUUGCCACGCUCGACGGCAUGUGGGAGCGCACACUGACGGUCUCGAGUGCUGGCAAGACCUUCUCGAUCACUGGUUGGAAAGUCGGCUGGGCCAUCGGGCCGAGUACUUUGAUCAAGGGUAUCUACCUCGCGAAUAAUUGGAUCCAGUUCAGUGUCGCAACACCAUUGCAAGAAGCCGUCGCGAAUAUACUGGAGAUCGCGGAAAACCCUUACAAGGGAUUUCCGACCUUCUACGCGUUUGUAGCUGACCAGUACAAGCAAAAGCGCGACCGUCUUAGUCGCGCGCUGCUGGAUGUGGGCAUCGUUCCGAUCAUUGCCAAUGGUGGCAUCUUCCUGUACUCGGACAUUUCGGCCGUGAAGGUGCCCCGAAGCUUCCUCCAGCCGAAAUUGACUUACGACUGGGCAUUCUGUCGGUGGCUCACGAUCGCCAAAGGCGUCACAGCCAUCCCAAGCACCGCCUUUUUUAGUUCUGCUAACAAGGCGAGAGGCAGCCAGUGGGCGCGUUUUGCGUACUGCAAGACCGAUGAGGCCAUCGAAGAGGCCAUCAAUCGUCUUGCCAAGCUCCACGAGUCAUAA